AUGGCAACCAUGAAUGCCGUCCGGUUCCACGGACAACGAGAUAUACGACUGGAGCAGAUCCCCGUCCCAACCAUCAAGCCCGGAUUCGUGACCGUCGCUCCAAAGUUUUGCGGAAUCUGCGGAACAGAUUUGCACGAAUACCUAGGCGGCGCAAACCUGAUUCCUACAGAAGGAAACCCUCAUCCAUUGACGGGUGAGAUAGCACCACUCACGUUGGGACAUGAGUUCAGCGGCAUUGUUGAGGAAGUGGGAGAUGGUGUGACAUAUAUUCAGCCUGGCGACAGAGUUUGUGUACAACCUACGAUAUGGGAUGAAAAUUGCCGUGCCUGCAGAAGAGGCCUCGUGAACUGUUGCGACAAGAAUGGAUUUGUCGGUCUGAGUGGGUAUGGUGGCGGCCUGUCGGAACAUGUCAGUGUUCCAGGACAUUGCGUGAAGAAGUUGCCAGACAACGUCUCGCUCGAGAUCGGUGCACUGGUUGAGCCACUGUCUGUGGGUUGGCACUCUGUGGAUAUUUCGCCUUUCAAAGAAGGCGAUUCCGCACUGGUUCUUGGUGGUGGGCCUAUUGGACUGGCUGUCGUGCAAGCCCUUGUGGGCAGAGGAUGCAAGAACAUCAUCGUAAGCGAGGUCAGUGGCAAGAGAAGGGAGUUUGCAACACAAUUUGGAGCCCACCACGUAAUCGACCCAGCAAAUUCAGAUGUCGUCGAGGAGGUGGAGAAGCUUACCAGUGGAGAGGGUGUCGAUGUCGGCUUUGAUUGCGCUGGUGUGCAAGUUGCCGUUGACACAGCUUUCAGAGCGAUAAAAGCCAGAGGCAUGUUGGUGAAUAUUGCUGUAUGGGAGAAACGAGCUGCUCUGAAUAUGAACGAUCUCGUCUUCAGAGAAAGAGCAUAUAUGGGCGUGGCCACAUUUGCGUUAGGAGACUUCGAAGCGGUCAUCCAUGCUAUUUCUACCGGCAAAAUUAAACCAGAGGGCAUGAUCACCAAGGUAAUCAAGCUCAACGAGGUCGCCGAAGAAGGGUUCAGGGCGCUCAUCGAGGACAAGGAGAACCAUGUCAAAAUUCUUGUAGAUGUCGGUUCAGGGAUCUAA